GGGCCGCCGUGGCCGUGGCCGUUGCCGGGUGACCCGCCGCUAUUUACCGUGGGGCGGAGCGGAGCGCCAGGCUCGCUGCACUCGCGCACCCACCAUGGCCUCCCGCAGCGCGGGCACCCUACUGACCGAGUUCAAUGCCGCCUACGUGCCCCCUGGCCUCAUGCCCGGGUACCAAGGCCACGUCCCCACUGUGGCCUUCUCCUUCGGCGCUCCCUACGGCACCACCACCCUCAAGUACUUCCAGGACCACCGCAACACAGCCAUGGAGAAGAGCCACACUCCUUUCAGCCAAGGCGGCCACUUCCCCACCAUCUUCUCCACCAACCCCAACCUCCUGCUGAUGGAGCGCGCGAGCACCCGGGACCGCUGGCUGCACAAGCCCAGCUACACUCGCUUCAACCUGGAUAGCCACCGAUCCACAGAGCUCACAAACUUCUACCAGGCAGUCCAGCAGCAUCGGAAGUACUAUCAAGACAAGACAGGCACGGUGCCUCGAGUCCCCUACUUUGUGCUGCCCGUGAGGGAGCCGGAACACUACCCCCUCCCCACUGUCCUGCCUCCUCUGUGCCCGAAGAAGAAGUGGCACCUUUUGAGAGUAGCCCCCGAGAGCCUGAAGACCUACCAGACCUUUCCGUCAGGGAAGAGGGUCUCCCCGCAAGAGCGGAAGAGGAGAGACUGCUACUUCGAGUUCAGAGCAUGAGACCAGGUUCCUGAUGCCUGGGAUCCUGGGUGGAGACCAGCCCGGCUUCCCUGGAAUAAAACCUUUAGCCGUGACCAUCCUACCCACCUCUCCUCUGGAUCCCAGGGACACUCGGCCACAGCAGGAAAUGCCCCCUGAAAGUCACACAGCAUUGUGUCCUACGGGCCUGCGGAAAGCUCUGUCCCAGGGACUGAAGCCGAGCAAAAGUGGUGUCCGGCUACCUGACAGGUCCAGCUACCUUCUCCCCAAGAUGGGGCAAGUUGAACUGAGGAAUGUAGGGUUCCCUAGCCUUAGUGGCAGGUCACUCAGGUACAGAGACCUCCCACCUGAUUCUACUGGUAUAAGCAAGGAAGUCCAGUUACCCCGGUCUAAGAAUGAAGGGGAAGUGGCCCCAGAAUAAUCGUACUGGGUAUGAUUGGAAAGGAAUUUUCAAAGGAGCCCUGACUUGGCAUCGUUUGGUCCACACGAUCACUUGUGAGGGAAGAAGUGUUAUUAUCCCCACUUUACUGAUAAAGACACUGAGGCGCAGAGAGGGUGAGGGUAAGAAAGUUGCCCCAGCUUACACAGUUGGGAAGUAUCACAGCCAGAAUUUGAACUCAGGUCUUUCUGACUCCCAAGUCCUGGUUUUUCCAUGACACAGCCUGCUUGUGGUCCAUGUGGAGACUGAGGGGCAGGGAAGACAUAAACCUUGGGAUCCUGAAGGAGCCUGUGGAGGGUGGAGCCUGGGAGAAGAAGCUGUGCGCAGCAGGCACCUUCUGCAUUCUGCCGAGGCUGGCCUGGACGGGUGGAUGCGGCAUCUACCCCUGAAGCUGUUUCUAGAAGAGGAUGGGAGGGAAUGACCUAGGACCAGGCCACUCUUCCAGGAAUUCCUAUGUUUCGGGGCCCCAGGCCAGAAAUGGAUGCUGGGCACGGAUGCUGAGGCCACAUGCCUGGGGUGGUCUUUGAGGUCUGGAGGAUCCGCUCCCACCAGGCUGCUGCUUCCUACCUCCCAGGAGGCUCCUGCCUGCUGGGGCAGGGGCAGGACGGGGGUGAGAGCCCCUCAGGGACAGGAGCAGGGAUGGGGACCUCAGACCAAGGUGGGGACCUUCUCCAACAUUCCAGCACCUCUUGGAUUUGAUCAAGGGCACUCCAUUAAACGACAAGGCCCUUAUUGUCCUUGAACAGGUGAGUCAGGACCUAAUGGCAAGGGGAACACAGCCAGGUUCAAGUACACCUGGGGCUGGAGCAGCCCCUCCUCUGUAGCCAGCGAUUAGAUUAGACACCUCCCCCAGGAUAAUGUAAAUAAGAAAAACCCAGUGGGGGGCUUCUGUGUCUCCAAGUCCCUGAGGAGCCGGACCCCAAAGGCUCUCUGUGGUGGCCAGAUUCAUUCCAGGGCUUGGCUGAAUAGCAAAGCAAAUAAACUGAUUGCUGGUCCCACAAUCAGGGCCAAGAUGCCUUCUCCCUCAGAAGGGGAGUGGGGAGCCGGGCGCCGGCUGGAAUGGCUGCUAUGUGCACGUCUCUGUGCGGCUCUGCAGUGUGAGGUGCUGGGGGUCCGGGGUUUUGGUGAAGGGAGGGAAGGCCCUCUAUCUUGCUAGGGACCUUCAUCCCAUUUGGCUUGGUCCCCUGCUAUGACACGGCUUGAGAUUUGAACUAUUCCCUCAAAAAGAUUGCCACCCCAGCCUGCUUGAUGACGCUGGCACACGGAAGCCCUGGAAUGGGCAGCUCUUAAUAAAAAGUACCAUGUA